AUGUGCCGCUUCCAAGUUAGUCGUCUGACCAAGUGGAUGCCAAGAGUGUGCUAUUCGCCGCAGAAUCGACUAGUCCCUUGGAGUCAGCAUUCAGUUGUCAAUUCAGCGACAAAUGUCGAUCAAGCAGGAUCUGUUGCGGCUGCGCGCUCCAAAAAUCAAAACUUAGGAUUGAUUUGUGUGGUUUGCGGCGACACCAGCUCGGGGAAACACUAUGGAAUUUUAGCCUGCAAUGGUUGCUCGGGAUUCUUCAAACGUAGUGUUCGACGAAAACUCAUUUACAGAUGUCAAGCCGGAACAGGUCGAUGUAUUGUUGAUAAAGCGCAUCGGAACCAAUGUCAGGCUUGCCGCCUUAAAAAGUGCCUUCAAAUGGGAAUGAAUAAAGACGCGGUGCAAAAUGAACGACAGCCGCGAAACACAGCCACUAUUCGCCCUGAGACGCUGCGGGAGAUGGAGCAUGGUCGAGCGUUACGUGAAGCGGCUGUAGCUGUAGGAGUUUUUGGACCACCCGUACUAUUGUCUCCUCCGUGCUAUGGACCUGGGCUACUACCACCUCCUUCUAUUUCGAGUCUUCCGGCAAAUCGUCGAUUACAUCCUAAUCAUAUAUCGAAGACCAUUCAGCUCUCUUCAAAUGUGCCGCACACGGGCAGCUUUUCUGUAUUUAACAAUAACCUGCACUUUUCCAAAGAAAAUCCUUAUACGGUCUCAAUGGAUCUUUCGAGUGGAACGGUAUCGGGGUCUACAAACUCAAGCAGUACAAAUUCUAUAGAUCCCAGCUCUCCCAUAUCUGACACAGUUUUAGAAAAAAAUCCCGUCGGAGGAAGUGUUUCAUCAAUCAGUUCAAAUAGCUCUGUGCACGAUAAUGAUAAUGAUGAUGACUCCAUCGACGUUACCAAUGAUGAAGAGCCUCUUCGUAACGAGAAAUUGGAUUGUCAUUUUACGAUACCGACAUUUGUCCCUCAAAACUUGUACGUUCAGCCACAUGAAACUGUUUAUGAAACCAGUGCCCGCCUCCUAUUCAUGGCAGUGAAGUGGGCGAAGAAUUUACCAAGUUUCGCAAGUCUAUCUUUCAGAGAUCAGGUUAUUUUAUUAGAGGAGUCAUGGUCGGACCUCUUCUUACUCAACGCGAUCCAAUGGUGUAUUCCUUUAGACCCAACCGGAUGUACUUUAUUUUCAGUUUCAGAACAUUGUAACAAUUAUGAAAGUACUCCUGAUAGUGAUAAUUGUGUAUCCAAGGAAGAAGUAGCCACAAGCGUUCGCACACUACAUGAAAUUUUUUACAAAUACAAGGCUGUUUUAGUGGAUCCAGCAGAAUUUGCUUGCUUAAAAGCUAUAGUUUUAUUCCGGCCCGAAACACGAGGUCUUAAGGAUCCCGUGCAGAUAGAAAAUCUCCAAGAUCAAGCGCAUGUGAUGUUGUCUCAACAUACAAAAUCACAAUUUCUCACCCAAAUCGCACGAUUUGGUCGUCUGCUUCUUAUGCUACCUCUUCUUCGAACUGUGAACUCCCACAAGAUCGAACUAAUAUAUUUUCAAAGGACAAUUGGAAAUACGCCAAUGGAAAAGGUGCUCUGCGAUAUGUAUAAGAACUGAAAUUAUGGUUUUGUAAAUUGGAUUUAUAGCUCUAAAUAUUAUAUAGAUAUGUACAUACAAUAA